CCUAUCGACUCAACCCUCCUGAAGUUGCUGAUCCCUGUAGCUUUCUGUCAUGCACUUGGCCACGUCACCAGCAACGUCUCCUUCGCAGCUGUUGCUGUCUCUUUCACACACACGAUCAAAGCUCUGGAACCGUUCUUUAACGCUGCGGCUUCUCAGUUCAUUCUGGGGCAGUCCAUUCCCAUUACCUUAUGGCUAUCAUUGGCUCCUGUUGUCCUCGGUGUGUCGAUGGCAUCCUUGACUGAGCUUUCAUUCAACUGGACUGGCUUUAUUAGUGCUAUGAUUUCCAAUAUCUCUUUUACCUACAGAAGUAUUUACUCGAAGAAAGCCAUGACUGACAUGGACAGCACCAAUGUCUACGCCUAUAUUUCCAUCAUCGCUCUCCUCUUCUGCCUUCCUCCUGCUAUAAUAGUGGAGGGGCCUCAACUGCUGAAAUUUGGUUUCAAUGAUGCCAUAGCUAAAGUUGGUCUAACCAAAUUCGUCUCAGAUCUCUUCUGGGUUGGAAUGUUUUAUCACCUUUACAAUCAGUUAGCAACCAACACCCUGGAGAGGGUGGCACCGCUUACUCAUGCAGUUGGAAAUGUGCUGAAACGUGUAUUUGUGAUUGGCUUCUCCAUCAUUGUCUUUGGUAACAAAAUUUCAACACAGACUGGUAUUGGAACAAGCAUUGCAAUUGCAGGAGUCGCACUUUACUCUUACAUCAAGGCAAAGAUGGAAGAAGAGAAACGACGAACAAAAGUGGCUUGAAGAAGCCUUGGAGGUGAAGGGGAAAGCAUGGAAAUGAGGGGAGGAUUUGAUGUUGUAAAUUUUAAAAUAAUUCCUUCAAAAAGAAAAGAAAAAAAAAGUUAUUUGGGAGAAGUAUGUAUCCUAUUGCAUUGUACGUGUUAUUAUUCUUUUCCUAAUUCCUAUGACCGAUCAAUUUUUAUUGAUUCUGAGCUCAGACAUUUGCUGAUUUUGUAAUUAUCCAAUGCUUUCUCAUUUUGUAGUUUUUAUAUUUAAAAACUAUGUGGGAACUUGCUACAAGGACCGCAAGACCUUUGCUUUCAAUAACUUCUCAAUAAUCAUUCAAAUUAUCAUGGA